AUGGAGUGCAGAAGAUUUGAAAUAACACUAGUAUCUGCAAGUGAUCUUGAAGAUGUCCGGAAGCUAUUCAAGAUGAAAGUCCACGCUAGAGUUUCUGUAGGUAGUAACCCAAACACCGAAAAACGGACCCCCACGGACAAGCAUGGGGAAAUAAAUCCGGCGUGGAACUUUAGUAUGAAGUUUACCAUCUCCGAGUCAAUGAUCCAUUACCCUAAUGAUAUGCUAGUCAUAAAGUUGUACUGCAAGAGGAAGCUUGGGGAUCGGUAUAUCGGGGAAAUGCAUAUGUCGAUGAAGGAGCUUUAUGAAUAUUCAUACGCUAAUGGAGGCAGUGCUAUCAUGACUUGUCCUGUCCUCAAAGGCUCUGCUCAAUCUCAAGGUAUUUUGAGGUUUUCUUAUAGGUUUGGAGAAAAAGUUACAAUCGAUAAGUUAGUCUUGGCUGAGAGCGUUGCUGGUUGGAGUAUGUGCUAA